CAGACGUGUCGGGCGGAGCGACGGAGUGCGGGAGGACGCGGCUUCGCUAUGGCUGCGGUGUCCCCGGCCCCCCCGCUCUCCCCCGGCCGCCGGCGGGGCGGUGCUGCCGGCGCGGCGGUGCUGCCGGCGCGGCGAGACGGCCCCGCCGGCCGCAGGAGCCUUCCGGCGCCCGGCCACGGCAGGGCCAGGCUCCUCCGCACCGCCGAGCAGGAGCGGCCGGAGGAUGGUGAUCAUCAUGCUGAAGUUUCAGACACCCUCAGCUAGGGAGCAACCUGGCCAAGGAAGACAGCAAGGGUUUGCAGUCCGACCUGCACAGCUGGUGGGGCGAUGAAGCUGAAUGAGCGUAGUGUGGCCCACUACGCCACCUGUGACUCGCCUGCCGACCAUGCCGGCUUUCUGCGCAAGCAGGUGGAGCGGCACCACCACCAUGUCCACCACCAUGGCACUUCCUACCAGCGCCGUUGGUUUGUCCUCAAGGGCAAUCUUCUCUUCUACUUUGAAGAGCGGGAGAGCCGGGAGCCCAUGGGGCUGGUGGUCCUGGAGGGCUGCACUGUGGAGCUGUGUGAGGCUGCUGAGGAGUUCGCCUUUGCCAUCCGCUUUGAUGAUGCUGGUGCCAGGGCUUAUGUGCUGGUGGCCGAUGGGCAGGCUGCCAUGGAGGCCUGGGUGAAGGCACUCUCACGGGCCAGUUUCGACUACAUGCGGCUGGUGGUAAGGGAGCUGGAGAAGCAGCUGGAGGAGGCCUGCAAGAGCUUGGCUGCUUGCUGUAAGUCUCCACGGAGGUCUUCCUUGUCCUCCUCUGGCAGGAAGAGGCAUCUCUCCAACCCUGCCUUGCAACCUCUCCAGGAGAAGCCCUGCACCCUGGAGAAUGGCUCCUCCACAUGGACUAGUGGUGGUUGUGUCGUUGGUGGGGCCACCUGCACCAACCAUGAUGGGGGGCAAACAAAGCCCCCACCCCUGCCUCCACGCCGGCGCUUGGCCACUGGCAGUGCCACAGGAUCCCCAGCACCUGGCCUCUCACCAGCCAUACUGGAGCGCCAAGUGUCACCGGAAACGAUCUGCUUCUCCAAGCUGCACAACUGGUACGGGCAGGAGAUCGCAGUGCUGAGACAGGAGUGGCAGGAGAGGCAGAAGCGGGGACACCCGUGACUGGGGGCACAGGAUUCAAGUCACUGGCCAGCUGAUGCUCAGCAGCCUGUCCUGCAUGCAGGAAGAGUGAAGUGAGGGACACUGCUUGCCCUCUGCCCUCAUGAGUGGCUGAGUGUGCGAUGUGUGUAUGCAUCACUUGAGAGGAACUCCAGUCUCCUCUAAACCUCACAUUUAAUUUCCAUGAGGCUUUAUACAGCUGGAGAGUGUGUAACACCAGGGGAGUCACCUUUAUUUAAACUCUUUGCUGGAAAUAGGAGCUGCCCAAAUCAGCACAUAUGCAAUGAACCUCAGCCAAUGGGCUUGGCCACUUGCUGUCCUGACAUGGUGGACGCUCUGGGUGUUUCAUCCCCUAUCUCUCCUUCACCACUUUUUAUUUUUCUUUUGUUUCUCAGUGUGGAAGUUUGCUUUGGAUCUGGGCUUAUUAUGUCUAUGGUCUUGUGCCAAAGUCCUUCUGCCUUUUUUCUUGUGCAGCAGAUAAACCUGGGCUCUUACAAAGUGCCUCUGACAGGCCACUGGCCCCAGCGCACGCCUCCAGCCUUGUGCUUCUCUCACUACAGGUCAUGUAAGCCACUGCAGCUGUUGCUGGCCCAGCAGCUGGGGCUGGUUUUUUACUUUCAUCUGCACUAACCCUUCUUUCAGCUAAAUCCUUCAGGAUGUGGAUUAUCAUGGUCUUGCAACUGUCUCUUAGUGUGCUCAUACUCAGCAGCAAGCCUGAAAUGUAGACACAGAGCUUGGCCUGAAGCCAGUGAGGACCCCAGGAGCUCCCCAGUGCUGAUCUGGACUCUGUCAAGUGGCAACCAAGCCUGCUAAUAUCUCUGGCUCAGGGUUUCCCUGUUCCUAAACAGAGGUGGUAAAGCCUCUUUGCCUGGGCAGGAGAAAAUUUCUCAGCCUUUGCUUAGAUCACAGCCCCUGCAAAGUGCCAUAUAGGGCUCAGUCAGUUCAUUGGGCUGCUUGCCCAAGAGAGUGUCUAGAGCCACAUUCCUGCAGGGCCUCUUUCAGUGUUGUGGCUCUGCCCAGCUCCUGGCAGUGCUAUGCAGUUGGAGGAAAGGCUUUGAAGGAGUGAGGAGGGAGAGAGGGCAGGUCUCUGGAGGAGAUGUGAAGGUGUGGGAGUGAGUUAUGGGUGUUGGCAGUGUCUGGGCUUGCCUCUCCAGCAUCAAAGCCAUAUUGCUGCCUUUUAACAAGCCUGCACCUGGCCUGCUGGCACUUCCCUCUGAUUUCAUGUCAGCAUUGCUUGGCUGAUAUCUGCAGCACAUCCUGUGCUCCCAGCAGGCUGGGAGGGCUGCAGGGAGGCACUCCUGUUGCCUCACUGUGGAAACAGACUUGUCCAUCAGUAGGUCAGAAACCUUGGCCACAAGGCACAUGGUACAUGUAGGUGGGUGCCAGGUGCAGGGACUAGAACACCCUUGGGAUGGGGUUUAAAAAAUUCCCUUAUAUAGUUGCAUGCUUCCCAUCUAAAAAUGUUAAACCUGUUUUUUAUUGUUGUAUUUUAUUAAAGAGCUUUGCUAGGAAAGCAAAAGCCCGUUUCAGGUCAUGACUGGCUGGAAUCUUUCUGGACUUAAACACACUCGACUCCUUACUUAGCAAUAGCCUGUAGAGAUAGCCAAUGCAGAAAUCAAAUUAAUUUUAUUAACUCUUGGUGCUUUUUAAAAUAUGUCUGUGGUAGUUUUGGAUGAUGAGCCUCCAGCUUCCUGCCUAAUUAGGGCUUGAUGGUAUAUUAGAGGAAAUCAGAUCGUAAAUUAGACCUUACAAAUUACUCUGGGCAGUGAGAGUGUAACCUUCACUUGCGAGUAAUGCAAUCCAGUCCGCUCCGGUUUGUGGUUGUAUAACUUCAUAGUAAGGGUCUUCAAGUUUGGGAGGAUUAUUUUUGUUCUGCUUUUGUGAAAACAGUUCAGAAAAAUCAGGAGCAAGUGGCCAUGGGGCAAAGCCUUGCCUUCAUCAGCAGCUCAACUGGUUGGACAUAGGGGCCAUUUCUGCCUCCCUAUUCCGCUGCUUGAAGAGUUCAGUACUACAGCAUUCCUGGCUGCAAAUGUGUCCCUUUUCCCAUGCCAGGGUAGCAGUAUCAGGGGAUUGCACUACUUGGUGCCUCCUUGCUCUGAGCAUGGGUAUUUUGGGACAAAGGUCAAAUUUGUCAAGCAUUUUCCUGUGGUUAUUUUUUUAAUGUAAUACAGAGAGAAUAUUCCUAGUGUCUCAGAUUAACAUAAACCAGAUUGACAGUAAAGACUCAACUUCCAAAAUAAAUAAAAAUGUAAUGGCAGUUCCUACAUGAGAACAAAGAAUUGGGAGUGACUUGAAAGGGAAAAUAAAUUAACAAAGCCAGUUCUGUCAGAACUGAAACUGCAACAAUAUUAUUCAUUUAAGGGCUGUUUCACUUUUAAGAAGCUUAGUUUGUUUUAAUAACCCAGGAUUGUGCCCGUAACACUAUUAAAGAGCUUAUAUUAAAUGCUUUAAUCUGUCCCAUUCAAACAGCACAAUUUCCAUGCUACAUACCUUUGCAUUACCACAUAUCCCAGCUAAAUACCAAAUCCUGCAAAUGAGGUGGUGUGCUCUGCUUUCUGUCUGAUUGUGUUUGGAGUAAUUUUGUGGUUUAUUCUGCAGUGCUGAUAAGAAAAUGGCUGAAUCCUGAUCCACAUUCAUCCUCAGCCCAGUCAUCUAUGCCUGGGCCUUUGCUAGGUCUCCAAAGCACUGCCUGACUUUGGAUGCACUUGAUGAGGGUUUCCUCACCAUCCCACUGUGGUAGCAGGGUUGACCCUUUUCUGAGUGAAAAGGGCCAUAAUUGAAGCCGUGCCCAAAUUUGUAUGGGAGUACAAGAUUUUUAAUGACCACUGCCACUUGCUUCAUCAGGCAGGAAGCACCUGAGUGUUGCACUGCCUUCGCGGAGAUGGAGGCUAUCGAGCCAGCUCAGCUGAGCUGGUUGUGCUGGCAGUGCCUUUGAAGCAGCGCCCAGGCAAGGGGUUGGGAUUUCAGCUUCCUGAGGUUGAACAUUCAGCUGGCUAAUAGAGCAGCCUGUCUUUCUGCAGGCAGAGAUUGUUUCAGGAAAGGCAGAGAAUUUUCACUGCACAUUGUCCCUGACAGCAAAAUAAGACUACCACCCAGGGUUUUUCUCCAGUCAUUCAUGUUUGGACUGUUUAACCUCUUGCCUCCACUUUCCCAUUUUAUUUUUAAAAAUAGAGAAUGUCUAAACAGGUUCCUUGGCAAAGGGGAAGCUGAACACUGAAGUUGAACAUGUACUUUUCUUAAAGUACUGAAGUUAGAUCCUUUUCUAAGAGUUUUCUUUAGUGUACAAGUGACGAGAGAAAAGUGCUAAAAUUUAAAAGAAAUGUAAAGAGGAAGGCCAUUUCUGACAUGGCCUUUGUGAGGUGUGCUGGGAAGGGUUCCCAAUCCUGCUAAAAUAGUUUAUUAAAUCCUUAUAUUUUUCUGAGGCUGGCAUUUCAGAUUUGAGUCCGUGAUAUAUAAUUUCUGCACAUCUCUCUUUUUUUGUAAAACUUCUGUUUUCCACUGAGUCCAGAUUAAGAGUAACCUGAAGGGUUUACCCGUGGCCACUCUUAGCAGUGUGGUGGACAAUCAUGACCAAGAUCAGACAUUUUGUGUUAACAGUAGCUACUGCACUAAUAGUGCCUGGGGGAGCCACCCCUCAAUGUUACCUCGCUCGGCUGCCUUUGCGGAGAAGUGGAAAAAAAAAACCCCACUAAAAUGCAUAGGGCCAUCUUUCACCAGCAGCACCAGACUUGUGUUCUCUCUGCACAAUUACCUGGAAAACUUACGAGCAACUCCUGCCUUUGCAAGUGCUUCUAUUUUAGGUAGGACGUCUUCCUUUUUUUAGGAGGCGGUUUUGCAUGUGCCUUUGUUUUACAUGCGGAAUUAGUAUUAUACGUUGCAUUACAUUGUUUAGAGUUUGUUUUACACGCGGAACUUGUAUAACGCAUGUCAUUACAUUGUUUAAAGUUUGUAUUAUAUGCCCUGAAGCCGAAUAAAGGGGUUUGAUUUGUA